CAUGUAGAGGAAGUUUUUCUUUCUCUCACUGUAACUGCUCUGCCUAGCAUUAAACGCUAUUGGCGUUGUUGUGUGUGCAUUAUACCGUCUGCUGCACUGAUUUCUAUGUGUGUUGUGUUUUAGCUUAUUUAAGUGCGCUCGUAACUAUGCUAUGUGAAAAGUAAUUAAAAAUAAUAUAAUAGGGCUAAGCUUGGUUGAUUGAAUUAAAGCUAAGCUUCCUUAACUCACUUACCCCAUCAAAAUUAUGUCUAAUGUUGAUUUAAGACGGCAGCUUUUAGAUUUUUUUCAAGCUAACUACCAUAAAGAUGUAAAACUUAUCGAUAUUUGUAGGGCUGUACAGCAGCCUAAGAAAGUAGUUAAUAGUGUCUUGUAUAACUUAAGAAGUGAGGGUAUUUUGCAGAAAGUAGUAGAAAGUCCCCCGGUUUGGCGAGUAAAUGAAAAAUUGUAUGACAGGUACAACCAAACACCCGUAGUUGCAGAUGCGGUCCCUUACCAUUAUACUCUUAAAGAUGAUAUUAUUACAAAAAACAAUAAUUUUGCAGUUUUAUCAUCCGUUGAAAAUAACAGGUCGGACCCAAUGUACGUUAAGGAACAAUUGGUUGCUUAUCAUACAGUAGUUAGUAGUACCACAUCCGAGGAAUUUUGCCAAUCUUUUAGUGGUCGCCAAAUCCCUGCUCCUCCUUUACCCAUGCAAAAUGCUGCAAACAGCAUUAAUCCAUCAGCAUAUCUUUCCAAACCUGCUGAAGCUGUGCUCAAUAUACUGCACAAACAAAAAGGUCCUCUUUCUUGCAAAGCUUUAUGCAGUUUAUUGGGAUUCCCAGAACCUAUUGUGAAGAUGGCUCUACAGCACUUAAUGUCUUUAGGAUUAGUGUUUCAGGACAAUUAUUCAAUGUUUUGCACAGUUGUCAAUAAAAGCAAUGCAAUACCUCAAGAUGAUAUUGUUCUUCGUAUUAUAAAUUAUCUGAAAAGGGCUCAAACAGCAAUACAUACCAAAGAUCUAGUUAAGGGUGUUGGACUGAAUAACAAAAAAGAAAUAAAUCCUCUCCUCUACAAGUUACAACAAAAAGGCGUUGUUACCAAAGUUAAUGAAUCGCCUCCCAUGUGGCAACUUGGUGAACAGUUAAUGAAUAACAUUGUGGAUAAAUCAGCAAAACAGACUGAAUAUAAACGGGAAGAACAAACUUUUAUGCAUAACAAUCUACCAAACAAUGUUCCGAAGGAAAUUGAAUACACAAAGCCUUUGACUCCAUUAGGUGGCAGGCAAAAAUACAAAAAUGGAGUAAAAGGCUUGUUGCCUAACAAUCUAUCAUAUGAGGAGUCAAGCUGUGCAAUUGAAUCGCCCACCGAAGUGAACGCGAAUAACGCGUACGCUGAGUCCAGUAGGUCUCACCUGAAAAAUGGAAGUGAUAUACCUGAGAACUUGAUGAAAACUUAUCAAGACAAUGCAGCCAUGGACAAUAAUGGAUCAAUACCCAUUACUCCAGAUUUGAUGAAUCUUAUGAGCUCCUUACAGGUGCCAAGUAUGAAUAAAAACAACGAAUCAUCCGGUAAGGGUGCUCCCAAUUCAUCAAAGCAAUCAGACAAUGAAACUCCACAUGUCAAUGGACGUAUGAAUUCUCGUAAUUCUAGGCAGAACAAUGAGUCAGGAAAUGCAUCUCGUAAAGCUGCUGCAGCCGCUGCUAAAGCUGCAGCAGGGAAAAUUCCUGAGCAAAAUUCAGCUGCUCAUUAUGUAAAUGACGUCCUAAACAGCGACAGCUUUGCUGCCUUAAUGAAAAACCCUGUGAGUGCUCUAUACGAAUAUGGCCAAAGAAAUCACAUUGAUACGAAGGUUGAAAUCGUUUUAUCAGAGGGACCUCCUCACAAUCCAAGGUUUAAAGCUGUUGCAUACAUGGGGGAAGAAGAACUGUCAACAGCCUGGGACAAAACCAAGAAAGAUGCUCGCCGACAAGCCGCAGAAUUAGCUGUUAGAGGUCUCGUAGCAAAUGGCGGUUUCGGCAAAUUCAGCUCUCUUGCCACUAGUUCAGAAUCAGUCAAUGAACUCCCACCUGUUGUCAGCCAAUUUGAUAUGAUAGCUGCUUUGAGCCAUAAGACUUUUAAUGAACGUGUGCUACAGGUUCCUGAAUACAUGGGCGGCCGAAAAGUCUUAGCUGCCCUUGUAAUGAAGAAAGGUGGUUCCGAUAGUAGGGGAAAUGUGAUAUGCUUGGGAACAGGAGGCUCUCAUCUCUUACUUGCACCACCUACCAAUCUCAGAAAUAGAUGUAUUACCGGUGAGGGACUGAGCCAAGAUGGCUUAGUUGUAAAUGACUCGCAUGCUGAAGUUAUAACUAGGAGAGGCUUUCUCAGGUUCCUGUACAAACAGUUAAAAACAUACGAAUUCGGCAAAGAACAUUCCAUGUUUGAAUCGACUGACGAUGGCAAAUUACAAAUCAAAACUGAUGUUACAUUCCACUUGUAUAUUUCUACUGCACCAUGUGGAGAUGGAGCUCUAUUUACGCAUAAUUUAAAGCCUGGCGAAAAAGUAGAGCCUCCUGAUGAUAACGAUGGCCAACAUCAUCCAGUGUUCACCAAGAGUCUACAAGGGCUUUUGCGAUCCAAAAUGGAAGCCGGAGAAGGAACCAUACCAAUAGAUACAGAGUACAGGUUUCAAAGCUGGGAUGCUAUUCUCAGAGGAGAAAAACUGCGUACUAUGUCAUGCAGUGACAAAAUUGCUCGCUGGAAUGUUUUGGGACUUCAAGGCGCUCUACUAAGUCAUAUUAUGAAGCCUGUUUAUUUGAGUUCUGUCACACUUGGCAACUUAUAUCACCAUGGCCAUUUGUCUCGUGCGGUUUGCUGUAGGCUUGUCGGAGAACCAGACUUGAACGAGCUCCUUCCAGAAGGGUACCGCCUAAAUCAUCCGGAUCUGGGCAGAGUGAUCGUGUGCACGCCUUCGCGUGAGACCGAGAAAACCAAGCCCCACAGCAUCAAUUGGUGUUUUGAAGAUGAGCGACCGGAAUUGACCAGUGGAGUCAAUGGUACCUCUGACGAAAGAAAUGAUACUUCUAAUUCGGAGAGGAAUGAAAAGACUAAGAAGAGUAUGGGAAAAGCUGAAAGUAAAAAAUCUUCAAAAGUAAAGAAACUUCCAAAAUCUAAUACAGAUGAAGAAAUUUUGGAGUCUCCGAUCAUUAAAUCAAAAGAUAUGUGGGCUGGAGGUCAAUUACAAUCACGUCUGUGCAAGGCAGUUCUCUUCCAAAGUUUUAAGGAAAUUGCUGUUAAAUUUGGAGUCGAACAUCUCUCUAACCUUACCUACGGCGAAGCGAAAAGAGCAGCCAAGGAUUUCCAAGCGGCCAAAGAAGUACUGUUUAACCGGUUCCAGCAAUUGGGUCGUGGUACAUGGAUCCGCAAGCCAGAAGAAGAGGAAGAGUUCAUGUAACUUUCUACCAAGAUUCCUGCUAUUUAUGGUUAUGUCUUUAAACUAUUAGUCUUAUAUUAAUAACUAAUAGAUGCAAUGCAAAUGUAAUGCAUAUUAAAACUAAUUUAAAAGUAACAGGUACCAUAGGGCACUUAGCGUGCAAUUUAAAGCAGAUAAGCUCUCUCUUUUCUCUGUCAAUUGCGGGUUAUGAUUUUGGCCGCCAGAAUUUUUUUUUUUGUGCCAUAUGCGCCAGUGUUAUGUUUUUAAAUUUAUUCUUGUUUUUAGGUAGAUAUAAUUCUAGUAAGUCUUGUUUCAGAAAAAAAAGAAAAGAUCUUAAUUUAGAAUUCGGCUGAAGUUCUUAAAGUACCUAGCCUUCACAAGUUUUAAGGAUCGAAUCCUUCUAUAGCUCUGUAGGCUUAAAUUAUUCUGCACGUCUUUCAUUAUACCAAAGAAAGUAUCUUAUUCGAUUGCAGGGUUAGCGCUCAGCCUCUAGGUAUAUUUUACGAAUAAAAAUAUCUGCAGGGCUCUUAACACUAUUUACUUUUGCUAGGUAGAUUGUAGAAUUCCAAUGUUAAUCUUUUUCCUAGUUGACAAUUAUUCUGCCUGAAAUAUAUUUAAUCCUUUCUAUCUUAAAAUUGUCUAAGAGCAAUAGACUGGCUUCAAGGGACUGUUUUAUUUACAAAGUGAAUAUCAAGCAAGGUUUUAUCUUCAAAAGAUUUUCCAUAUUAAAAUCUCUAUUUAAAUUUUGCUUUAUUUUUUAUCUGUUUAGAGUUAAAGCUAUGGUAAAUGAAUUAAUUUUUUGGAUUGAAAUAUGUUUAAAAUACUUAACUAAACUGCCAAUCAAGAGCAGAAAGGUUCGAGACCACUUAAACUCCAGAAAAUUGUCCAGAUAUAUGCAACUUAAUAUAUGCAACUUAAUAUAUGCAUUAAGCUGUGAUAAAAUUUUAUCGGCAUUUUAAAUACUGUGCUAAUGCGGAGAUGCCAAAGGUUCUUAAUCCAUCUGAUCUGGAACAGUUUUUUUUGUUUUUUUUUUCAUAUGUUUUGUUUAAAUUUAAUGUACAUCCAUGUCAAAAUGGAAGUGAUGUACCCGUGUGUAGUGUGCAAACUUGUCAAAGUGGUUAUAAAUUUAAUGUUGGUUUUUUCUUUUGUGUGUAUUUACUUAACUGUCCUUUCUGUAUAACUUAGAACUGCUUUAUUGAAAGUGUGUAAAUAGUCCAAAAAAAUGUGUCUGUACUUGUGUUGUCGUAUGUGUAUGUCGUAAAAAAAAAAUCUUAAAAGAAAUCAGUGCAGCUUGCAAGGUUGUUACUGUUUUUCAGUGAGCCAGCGGACACGGAGGAAGCCUCUUUAUCGAUUGCUCUUGUAGAUAAAUUUCUUAGGCAGACUAGCAUAAUAAAUGAGGUACUUUCAACUAUUUGUAGAGAAGAAAUAUUGCUGCCUUCUCAGCUCCAAGAUUUCUUGGGUUGAGGUGUCAGAGUGCUCACUGUUAAAUGUUAGAUUAACAUUUAACUGUGAUAAUCAUAAAUAUUUCCAUACUACUGUUGAAGCAUAUAUAUGCAAAUCUUUCUCAAAUUUUUUCCAUACACUGUUGAAUCAUAGACUUAACCAAUUUUAACCUAUUGGAUUACCUCUACCAGAAACUGUUUUUUUUUUCCUUCUUUCACCCUCACAUUUUGUUAUAAUUAGGGUGCACUUGUUAAUAACUAAAAAUAAAAUGCCUUAAAUUUAAAGAAAUAACUUUAAAAUUACCCUUUGAAAUGAAAGAAAUAACUUUGAGGUUGAAUUUAUGUAUGGCAAUUUAAAAUAAGUAUCUUUUUAAUAUCUACUGUGUAAAUCCAACUUAACAUACAUACUUGCACAUUAACAUUUACAAAUAACCUUAUAUUGUAGAUUAAACCUUCAAUAAUAUUUCUUAAAAGCUUUUUAAUUUUCUUAAAAUUCAAGUUAAAAUUAUUUUGUAACAUUUAAUGUUUAAAAAAUAGUAUAAUAUGAAAAAUGUUAUCAUAAUUAAUAAUAUGCUUUAAGCUUUUAAAAUUGCUUUAAAGUGAGAAAAUAUAUAUAUAUAUAUAUAUAAAAAGCGAAGUCAGCAACAGUUGCACCCUAAUUUUAUUAACUACAUUCUGUUAUACUUGUUAAAUUUUCUAUUAUGUCAUUGUAAUUUUUGCAUUUUGAAAGGAACUUUCAGAUUCUAGAUACCUCUCUAUUUUUUCUAAGUUUGCUGUAUAUUUUUGUUAUAUAGUACAUUUUGUGAUAUUUCUUAUUUUUCAAAGUGUUUUAUAUUUAUUUGAGCUUUUGUCCCCGACUUAAGUGAUGUCUCCCGUUACCAUGAAUCUUGUCCAAGUAAUGAUUUUAGUAUUAUUAAUUGAUCAGUAAUUAUUGUUCUCUCCUUUUUGCAUUUAUCAUUAGCAUUUGAAAUUUGUUUGACAUUUUAGUAAUACUUAUAAAAGAGGUUCAUUGAAAAUGUUUUUGUUAUUACAUGUUUUUAACGCACAGUUUUAGCUAUUUAAAUAUUAUUUGUGUGAUUGUUUUUAUGUUCAAAUUAGUCUUCCAAAAUUAAUUUAAUUUAUUCUAUAAAUAUAAAAGGAUUUUAAAUUAUGUGAUGCUUUUUAUAUUUAUUGAGCAUGGUGAAAAUUAGUAAUAUUCUGUAAUUUUGUGCAAAGUAAGUAAAAUCUUAUGUUUUCCUUAUUAAUCAGAUUUUUAAUAAGCUUUGUGUUUUAUCAGAAAACAUUUUUUUCUGUGCCAUUACAUAAUUAUAUAUAGAAUGUUUCUAUUUUGUUUCUAAUUUAAAAUUUUUCUUGAUCAAAUUGCACCCAAAAUUCUCAAUUAGCAACAAUUUAAAAUAUCUUACAGCAUUAGCAAUUCUAGAAAUUUUAUCAAUUUAAAAUUUUACUGUACUUCUGUUAAGGACUAAUUAGUAUAAAAUAAUCUUGUAGAUAAUGCAUUUGCCUAACAAAGUUGCAGAAUAGUUUAUUGUAGCAAAUUUUGUAGUCUUUUUUAAAUAAAGUAUGUAUUAAACUAGUA